CAAUCAAGCAAUCCUCUCCAUCCACAACAACGAAUACAAACAAAAGCCUGCAGCAGCUGCGGCGAACACAACAGCGAUCGAUGAUGAUGAGGUGGAGGGGCGGGGUUGCGCUGGGAGCUGGCCCACAUGCUGCAUCAUCAUCCGUCCUGCCCUCAUUCUCCUGCUUCCCAAGCGCGCUGGUGCUGGUGCUGGUGCUGGUGCUGGUGCUGGUGCUGGUGCCGUCGGCGUUGCCACUUGUGUGUGCACAGGCUGUGCUGGAGGAGGAUGCAGCGGGAGCAUUCCACAUGAACACAUCAGCGGCGACAGCGCCUGUUCUCUUGAAUGGACUGGACGUGGUUGGUGUGUUGCAGGAGCAGCAAGAUGUGAUCCACGCGCAGGCGGCUGCGAUCGAGACGCUGCGAGACAAGAACGCGGCUCUCAAGACGUCGCUAUGCAGGAGAUACCCGCCUGGUGCAGAUACCACCACCAUUUCGGACUUCACGGGGAUCGAGAGGUGGCUCGGCGGCGUGCUGGCAAGCAACGGCUUCAUCUACGGCAUUCCAUAUCGAGCCACGUCUGUGCUGAUCAUCGACCCAACAACCAACACGGCAGAUAUAACCACGAUCACAGGGUCCCAUCUGAGUGGGCUGUGGGGCGGCGGUGUUCGUGCGAAGGAUAGCAACUUGAUUUACGGGUUCCCUCACACCGCCAGCUCUGUGCUCAUCAUCGACCCCGACACCAACUCCGUCGACGUCACCUCCAUUCCCGUUCCCGGCGCCGUUGCUGGCGCGUGGGCGAGCGGCCUUACCUCCGACUACAACGGCCUCAUCUUCGGCAUCCCUUGGCUUGCGUCUGCCAUCUUGGUCAUCGACCCCAACACCAACACUGCCGACACCACAAGCAUGCCCACCACUACCAGUGCUGAUGUGCUGUACAAGUGGUAUGGCGGUGCGCUUGCCCCUGACCACCGCAUCUUCUGCAUCCCCCUCAACGCUGAAUCGGUGCUCAUCAUUGACCCCGUCACCAACACGACGGACGAAACAACAAUCGCCAGCCUGCCUGGAAGCGGCUGGUGGUACGGCGGCGUGCUCUCAAAGCGCAACGGCCUCAUCUAUGCUGCGCCCCGCAACGCCCCCGCCGUUCUUGUCAUCGACCCCUCCACAAACGCCUUUGACUACACCAGCAUUGCUGGCCUCCCCAUGACCGUUGCAAAGUGGCGUGGCGCCGUGCAAACCAGGGAUGGCCGCGUUGCGUGCAUACCCAGCGGUGCCACCUCUGUCCUCCUCAUCGACCCAGCCACCAACACCACAGACCACACUUCCGUCACCACAACCGACAUCCCAGGGAGCUUGUACAAGUGGUUUGAUGGCGCGCUUGCUCCCAACGACCUCAUCUACGCCAUGCCCCACGCCUCCCCAAGCGUGCUCAUCAUUGAUCCGGGUCUUUGCAACCUACAGUGAUGUGUGUAAUGUUAAUGGCACUUGGUCGUGACGUGACGCGAGUUGGUGGGGACAUGCAUGCUCAUUGUACGUUUGCAUUCGCCACCCCUUUCCUUCCAAUUUCCCUCUGCAUCCUCUCGUUCGGAUGUUUGCUUGUGUGAGCUCUCCUUGUUGGCCUUCAACCUUCCUUGACCUCGCAUAGACCGUAGCUUCGAGUUCGUUCAUAGAUCGUGCGGUCGACGAGACCCACACGCAGUGUUACAUCUCAUUACUACCCAACUGUGCACGCUUUGUGAUAUGAUGUGCGGUUUGUUACAACUGUAUUGACAAGAAGCAGGACUGUCGCAUUCACAUCUCACACCAAACAGCAUUGCACUUAAAAAAUGAAAGCAGCCCUCAACUGCGUGCUCAGCGUACGCAUCGACAACAUCCAAUACAUGCCGCUAACAAGGG